ACCCGGGUUCAAGUCCCGGCAACGGAAUCCUUUUUUGUUAGAAAUUCCUUUUUCAUUUACAAAUACUACUCUUUUGUUUUCAUUUUUAAAAAGCCCACUUUCGUUUUCAUGAUCAGUUCUCACCCAUAACUCGCAAAUCCUCUUUUCUCUUGCGUUCUUGGGUUUUAUCUUAAUCUCCUCCAAACAUAAUUUAUUAGAGCUAAUGGCUCAUGUUCCUCCCUGAAGUGAUAUAAACAGUACUCUCGCAGAGAAAUCAUGUUAAUGAACCAUGCUAGAUCUGUUAGACGCAUUCUAAGCACCAAAGUUGCAGUUAGUGUUGUAUGCCAGCGAACUUUUGCAACUGGUAAAGCAAAGAAAGGAUCUAAAGGGGUUGGACCUUCUGAUGCACUCAAAGCAUCCACUCUUAGCAAAGAAGUCAAGGCAAGUACAGUUGUAGGUGCUAACAUUCUUAAGGAUGGAACUGAUCCAAAAAUCCUGCCUAAUUCAAAAUACCCUGACUGGUUGUGUCAACUGAUUGAUAAACGCCCUGCAUUAAGUGAAUUACGUAGGAAGAAUGUUGACACACUCCUUUAUGAAGAUCUAAAACGCUAUGUUAAGCUGGAUAAUCGAGCCAAGAUCAAGGAGAAUAACUCUUUGAAGGCAAAGAACUGAUUCAAUGGUAACAAAUAAUGCAAUUUUUUCUCUUUAUCUUCCUUACCACCCAGGAUUGUCAAACCAAUGAGGCCUUAGAAUGCUUAUCAUUCUUCAUCAACACCGGGAUAGAAAAUAAACUAUGGAAAAAAGCUAUGACAACAAAUUAGAUGGUCUCUCGUGCAGUUGCACUUUAAUAUGGAUAAGUUAUGUUGUUCUUGGUAUUGUGAAUGUUCAAAUGCACAAUUAGAUUUGUUGUGUCCUUGUGUUUUGAAUCUGUUGUAUUGUUUCUAUUGUAUGUGGGCUAUUUUUAUGUUUGUUUUCUCUGUUGAUUUUCAUUAUGCUAACUGUCGUUAAAAGCUGUUGAGGUUUAUUUAUCUGAAAAAGUUUUUACAUUA